GCUUCUGUUCGCACAGACGAGUUUUCCUCAUCAGUGUGUGAUUGUGCGGAUCACAAAGCUCUCAGAUCGCCUUCAGCAUGUCCCUGUGUCCUCUCCGGACUCAUAUCGGUGUGCUCUGUUUUUAAAGCGGUCUCAGGGGUGGAAAUAAACCUGUCUGGAUGAGUUUGAUGAAAAGGGCGAUCUACUGAAGAGGAGGAGCCGCAUACACGUAUGCACAAACACACGGAGACAAUCGACCAGCAGACACAUUUAUUAACUUAUUAAACAUGAGACGCUUCGGUCGGCACAACAUACACACAUCACGGUGCUAGAUGGUGGUUGUGAAGGCAGUACGUAAUGCUGAAGGGGCUCGUCCUGAGUCAGAAUGAGUGUCAAAGAUGGCGACGGGACAACUAGCCAAGAUGGAAAGGCCUACGAACUUCAGAUAUACCCCCGACUCUCUCUGGAGACGGCGUCGUGCUGUAUACUCCGAGUCACCAAGGAGGCCACCGCAGCUAGCGUCAUACGGGAUGCGGCUGAGACCCUUGGACUGGAUACCAGAAAGCUAUAUGUCCUGGCUGAGGUGAAGGAGUGCGGUGGGGAGGAGUGGGUGCUGGAAUCGACUGACCUUCCCGUGCACAGGGUUCUUCUUUGGCCGAGAAAAGCCCAGGAACAACAUUCUCAGAAAGAGGGAUUUUACUUCCUCCUGCAAGAGCGCAACCACGAUGGCUCCAUCCGCUACGUGCACCUACCUACCGUGGGGAACGAGCAGGAGUCCAAGCGACUGGUUGCUCGGGGUUUCCUCCCACCCCAGCAGGAGGACCUUGAGGACCUCUGUAACCUUCCAGUCCUAAAUGAGGACAGCAUCUUGGAUAACCUCCGCAUUCGUUUUCAGAAGAAGAAAAUUUAUACAUAUGCUGGCAGUAUCCUCAUUGCUAUUAAUCCCUUUAAGUUCUUACCCAUUUACAACCCCAAAUAUGUCAAAAUGUAUGAGAACCACCAGUUGGGCAAGCUGGAGCCCCAUAUUUUUGCCAUUGCUGAUGUAACCUACUAUGCCAUGUUGCGCAAGCACAUCAACCAGUGUAUUGUUAUCUCAGGAGAGAGCGGUUCGGGCAAAACGCAAAGCACUAACUUCCUCAUUCACUGCUUGACCGCUCUCAGCCAGAAGGGUUACGCAAGCGGAGUGGAACGAACCAUUUUGGGUGCUGGACCAGUGCUAGAGGCAUUUGGCAACGCAAAGACGGCCAACAACAACAACUCCAGUCGAUUCGGAAAGUUCAUCCAGGUCAAUUACCUGGAGAGUGGAGUGGUGCGCGGGGCUGUGGUUGAGAAAUAUCUACUGGAAAAGUCACGUCUGGUGUCCCGAGAGAAGAACGAGAGGAACUACCACGUGUUUUACUAUCUGCUGGUAGGGGCGUCGGAGGAGGAGCGGCGGGAGUUCAGACUCCUGCAACCAGAAGAAUACUUCUACCUCAAACAGGAAAACUUUAUGAUAGAAGAUGCAGACGACCUUCGCCAUGACUUCGAGCGACUGCAGCAGGCGAUGGAGAUGGUGGGCUUCCUCCCGGCCACCAAGAGACAGAUAUUCUCCGUCCUGUCGGCCAUCUUGUAUCUGGGAAAUGUGACGUACAGUCAGAAGUCGUCCGGUAGAGAGGAAGGUCUGGACGUGGGGCCGCCAGAGGUGCUUUCCACACUUUCAGACCUGCUUAAGGUUAAGGAGGAGCCUUUGGUGGAGGCUCUUACCAAGAGGAAAACGGUGACCGUAAACGACAAGCUGAUUCUGCCCUACAGCCACAGCGAGGCGAUCACCGCUCGAGACUCCAUGGCCAAGUCUCUGUACAGUGCCCUGUUCGACUGGAUCGUCCUGCGCAUCAAUCACGCGCUGCUUAAUAAGAAAGACAUGGAGGAGUCCGUUUCGUGCUUAUCCAUUGGCGUGCUCGAUAUCUUCGGCUUUGAAGACUUUGAGACCAACAGCUUUGAACAAUUCUGCAUCAACUACGCCAACGAGCAGCUCCAGUAUUACUUCAACCAGCACAUUUUUAAACUUGAACAGGAGGAGUAUCAGGCUGAGGGCAUCACCUGGCACAACAUUGAUUACACCGAUAACGUCGGCUGUAUCCACCUCAUCAGCAAGAAGCCCACUGGACUCCUCUAUUUACUUGAUGAGGAGAGCAACUUUCCUCACGCCACUGAUAAAACCUUGCUGGCCAAGUUCAAACAGCAGCACCAACAGAACCAUUACUUCGUGCCAACUCCAGUGAUGGAACCAGCCUUCGUCAUCCUCCAUUUUGCUGGGAAGGUCAAAUACCAGAUAAAGGAUUUCCGUGAGAAGAACACGGAUCACAUGCGUCCGGAUAUCGUGGCUCUCUUGCGAAGCAGCGACCGAGCUUAUGUCCGGCAGCUGAUUGGGAUGGACCCGGGGGCGAUGUUCCGAUGGGGAAUCAUCCGCGCCUCCAUCCGCGCAUUGGCCGCCUUCAACGAAGCCGGCCGCCGCUGGGCAGCCAAGACUGCGGGUGUGGUCAGACCGAACUCCAGAGUUCCUCUAGGAGAGCUGCAGAGAUCUAACGUGCCCAUUGAGAGGAUGUACCGCCAUGCUCCUAUGCUUGAUUUCUCCUUUGAUCAUUCAGAGGAGCGCCCUCUAGAGGCUUUUGAGGACAUCUUUGCUAGUUGUGAGAGUAAGAAGGACAUGCAUGCCCAAAUCAUCAACUCCAUUAAGGACUUGCAGUUGGAUGGAGAAGAUCCACGUAAGCUGCUGCAGUCCUGGGGUCGCCUGCGGUUCCCACGCCACGUCCUCCAGAAAAACAAGAACCCCAAGACCAGGCAACUCAUUCCCAAGAACCUGUUGGACACUCGCUCGCUGAAAUAUGUAGUGGGCCUCCAUGACCGCACCACCAAGUCUUUACUUCAUCUGCACAAGAAGAAGCGUCCUCCCAGCAUCAGUGCCCAGUUUCAAACAUCUCUUAGUAAGCUCCUGGAAACACUGGGGAAGGCGGAGCCAUUCUUCAUCCGAUGCCUCCGCUCUAAUUGCUUGAGAAGGUGCAAAUAAAACGGCCUUGUUCAC